AUGACUAAUUUGCAACUGUACCAUGUAUUGUCUUCCUUCUCAUCAUCCUCAGCUACGAAAAGUUUCCUUUUAGAAACACUUUCACACAUUUUUCUUUUCCCAUUGGAAGAAGCUGGCUUGGCUGGAGAGCUAUCUUCAGAGGAAGAUACAUGUACAACCUGUAAGGCGUAAUUAUUUGUUAUUGGAGCUUGAAAAUGUCACUAUGCUUAAUUAAACAUGUUAUGCUGUUUUGAUGCUAUCUUUUCAUCUUUUUAAAUUCAAAGGGGUAAAUGUAUAGCUGAGGGAGGAUGCAAGUUUUUUUUGUCUAGCUAACUGAUAUCAAUCAAACAAUCAAUCAUUUCUUUAGUUGCCAGCCUCCCCCCUCCAAAAGAAAAUAUUGAUGAUGAUGGUGAUGGUGAUGGUGAUGGUGAUGGUGAUGGUGAUGAUGAUGAUGAUGAUGAUGAUGAUGAUGAUGAUGAUGAUGAUGAU